AUGGUUGUAAAAGUCGUGGUUGUAAAAGUCGUGGUUGUAAAAGUCGUGGUUGUAAAAGUCGUGGUUGUAGAAGUCGUGGUUGUAACAGUCGUGGUUGUAAAAGUCGUGGUUGUAAAAGUCGUGGUUGUAAAAGUCGUGGUUGUAACAGUCGUGGUUGUAAAAGUCAUGGUUGUAAAAGUCGUGGUUGUAAAAGUCGUGGUUGUAACAGUCGUGGUUGUAAAAGUCAUGGUUGUAAAAGUCAUGGUUGUAACAGUCGUGGUUGUAGAAGUCGUGGUUGUAAAAGUCAUGGUUGUAACAGUCGUGGUUGUAACAGUCGUGGUUGUAGAAGUCGUGGUUGUAAAAGUCGUGGUUGUAAAAGUCGUGGAUGUAAAAGUCGUGAUUGUAAAAGUCGUGGUUGUAAAAGUCGUGGUUGUAAAAGUCGUGGUUGUAAAAGUCGUGGUUGUAACAGUCGUGGUUGUAACAGUCGUGGUUGUAGAAGUCGUGGUUGUAAAAGUCGUGGUUGUAACAGUCGUGGUUGUAACAGUCGUGGUUGUAGAAGUCGUGGUUGUAAAAGUCGUGGUUGUAAAAGUCGUGGUUGUAAAAGUCGUGGUUGUAAAAGUCGUGGUUGUAAAAGUCGUGGUUGUAAAAGUCGUGGUUGUAACAGUCGUGGUUGUAACAGUCGUGGUUGUAGAAGUCGUGGUUGUAAAAGUCGUGGUUGUAAAAGUCGUGGUUGUAAAAGUCGUGGUUGUAAAAGUCGUGGUUGUAAAAGUCGUGGUUGUAAAAGUCGUGGUUGUAAAAGUCGUGGUUGUAAAAGUCGUGGUUGUAGCAGUCAUGGUUGCAGAAGUUGUGGUGGCACCAGUUAUGGUUGUAGAAGUCAUGGUUGUAGAAGUCAUGGUUGUAGAAGUCAUGGUUGUUGAAGUCAUGGUUAUAGCAGUCAUGGUUAUAGCAGUCAUGGUUGUAGAAGUCAUGGUUGUAGAAGUCAUGGUUGUAGCAGUCAUGGUUAUAGACGUAAUGGUUGUAAAGGUUAUGACUGUAGAAGUCCUAACUAUACACAUCAUGGUUGUAAAAGGUCAGCGUUACAGGUCAUGGUUAUAG